AUGCAGUCGGCGGGACUUGAGGCCUUCGCACCACGACACGCUGGGCUGGAUAUCCAGCAAAACAGCGCACCAAGUCUGCCCAGGGCGAAUUCCAGAAAGCAUUCUGCUGUCUACGACUAUCUACAACGCAGUUCUUGGGAUGGAUUCUCAUUUUUUCGAUCGAAAGACGCUGAUCGCGACGUUUCCUACCUGAGCGAUCUCAGCACCAAAGGAACGCGCAGUCACCGUCACCGUUCGCUUGAUAGUGAGCUCGAUGCCGUCAAGGAGGAGAACCUGAAAGAUCGGGUCAGUGUUAGUCAAUCCACUGGUGUGGACAGGCUGCGGUUCAGCCUUCUGUCGUCCAGAUUCGAUUCGUCGAUUCAAGUGGCCAACAUCGAAGAGUUGUUGAUCCACGACGGACCCUUCCAUGAUAUCGCGAACGGAGAAGUACGUGAUGGAGUAUGGUGGCUCGACGUGACGAGUCCCUCGAAGGAGGAGGUUGAAACGCUCUCCAGGAUAUUCAACAUCCAUCCGCUGACGACGGAGGAUAUCAUGACCGAAGAGCCGCGAGAGAAGACGGAAUUGUUUGAGAAAUACUAUUUCCUUUCUCUGACCUUGUCGCAGCUUUCAGACAAAGGGUCUGAUCACCGACCAUCUAAUAUGUAUGCCAUUGUCUUCCGGAACGGCAUUCUCAGCUUCUCCUUCAGCGACAAUCCGCACACUGCAAAUGUUCGCCGUCGGAUCAAGAACUUGAAGAGUCACUUGAAUGUGACUAGUGACUGGAUCUGCUAUGCUCUGAUUGACGAUAUCGUCGAUGGAUUCGAGACGCUGGUUCACGAAGCAGAACGGGAGCUUGUAGCCAUAGAAGAUAAUUACGCCAUAGCCCGUCCGGACGACGUUGGCUGGGUUCUACGGCAGAUCCAUGAGUGCCGCAAGAAAGUCAGCGGAGCGAGACAUCUUCUUGGCGGCAAAGUCGAUGUCAUCCGGUCUUUUGCGCGGCGUUGCGAUGAGCGUUACAGCAUCACCCCAUCCAGCGAACUAGGCCUUUACUUGAGCGACAUCCAGGAUCACGUCGUGACUAUGAUGACUAGUCUUAUCCAAUUUGAGCAGAUCCUGGCUCGCGUGCACGCGACUCUCCUUGCGCGCCUUUCGGUCGAUUCUACACGCACCGGAAGCAUGACUAUCAAAUUCUUGAGCAAGAUCAGCGUUAUCGCUGCGAUUCUUGUUCCGAUGCAAGUCAUCACCGGACUGUUUGGGAUGAAUACGCCUGUUCCCGGUGGCAGCACCAAUGGUCUAGAGUGGUGGUUUGGGAUCUUGGGGGUUAUUGGAACGCUUGUCGUCGUGAGCUUGAUCAUCGCUCGGAUGGCCAAGUUUAUAUAG